AUGACUUUACUAUACAUUUCAUACUCAAAUCUCCUGUUUAGCAAGAAAGACCGGAAAUCCCCGGAUAUAACUAUUGUCCCCAACAAAACUGAAGCGCCACCCUUUAACCAUUCCUCCAACACCACCUCUUCCCAUGUCCAAAACUCAGCAGACCAAAAGCGACCAAACCUUGUUGAACCACCCCCUAGGAGAUACCUACGAUACGAUACUAAUCUCAAACACAUUGCCUUCGGGAUAGCAUCGUCUUCGAAUUUGUGGGAGAUCAGAAAAGAGUACAUUAAAACAUGGUGGAGGCCCAAAGAGACAAGAGGGGUGGUUUGGUUGGAUAAGAAAGUGGUAGCCAAGAAAGGUGAACGCCUGCCAGAGAUUCGGGUAUCCGAGGAUACUUCUCAGUUUAAGUACUUAAACAAGGUAGGGUCUAGAUCGGCUUUGAGGAUCACCAGGGUGGUUUCCGAGACACUCAAGCUUGGGAUGAAGGAUAUUAGGUGGUUCGUGAUGGGGGAUGAUGACACGAUUUUUGUUGUUGAAAACUUGGUACGGGUGCUCUCUAAAUAUGAUCAUACACAGUAUUAUUACAUUGGGAGUGCAUCAGAGAGUCAUAUUCAGAACAUAUUGUUUUCAUAUUCCAUGGCAUAUGGAGGGGGUGGAUUUGCAAUAAGCUAUCCACUGGCAAAAGAACUGUCCAAGAUGCAGGACAAAUGCAUCCACCGAUACCCAGCAUUAUAUGGCAGUGAUGACAGGAUUCAGGCUUGCAUGGCUGAGCUUGGAGUGCCCCUUACCAGGGAGCUUGGCUUCCAUCAGUAUGAUGUGGUCGGAGACAUAUUAGGCCUCUUGGGAGCCCAUCCAGUGACUCCUUUGGUAUCACUUCACCACCUAGAUGUAGUGAAUCCUAUAUACCCGGGUAUGAAACGAGCCAAAGCUCUUGCACACAUGCUUGAAGCUGCCAAUGAGGACUCCGCGAGCUUAAUGCAACAAUCCAUCUGCUAUGAUUCAACGCGAUACUGGUCGAUCACGGUGUCGUGGGGCUACGCGGUUCAAAUCUUGAGGGGAGUGAUGUCUCCCAGAGAGCUUGAGAUGCCGAGUAGAACAUUUUUUAGCUGGCACAAGCGAGUUGAUUACACUGCUUAUGCAUUUAACACUAGGCCUGUUGAAAGGCACCCUUGCCAAAGACCCUUUGUUUUCUACAUGUACAAGACUAAGACUGAACCUGAAACGAACCAAACAGUUGGCCUCUACUAUCGUCAUAGAACGCGCAGCCGAUAUUGCCGAUGGAAAAUGGCCUCACCAGAGAAACUCGAUUUUGUCGUAGUCAUAAAGCCGCGAGAUGAAGAUCGAUGGCUCAAGGCGCCAAGGAGGGAUUGUUGCAGAGCUUUUCCAAAAAUUAAAAACAAUACCAUGAUUUUAUAUGUGGGAAAUUGCAAAGACGGUGAGAUUAGUGAAUUUCAAUCCAAGAAGUUAUUGUGA